AGAAUCGUCGUCGGUGAACUGCCCAUUUGUCAGUUCUGUCGUAAACCUGUUUUUCCUUUUCCCCCCAGGUGAUUCCUGCAUGCGUACGUGCGCGUGUGCGGUACGGUGGAGAGACGCUUAAUGAAAGAAAAAGGGGAAGCUUAUUCAUUGUAAUUAAGGCAUUUGUGUGAGUUCCGUUGGCGCAGGCGCCGCAGCACCACAUUUUUCGCACACACACACCGCAGCCUAGGUGGGAGUCCUCCUCGGCACCAGCGACACACGUGAAUUGACUGCUGUUAUUGUUGUUUUCUCUUUUCACUUUUUUCUUCUUCUAUUUAUUUAAAAACAAAAACCGAGACAAUGGUCCGUGAAACGGAGCUGUACGAGGUGCUGCAGGUCUCCGUCGAGGCCGACGAGCACGAGAUCAAGCGCUCCUACCGCAAGCUAGCUCUCAAAUACCACCCCGACAAGAACACAGGCGACGCGUCUGCGGCAGACAUGUUCAAGAAGGUCAGCAACGCGUACGAAGUGCUCAGCGACCCCGAGAAGCGCCAGCUGUACGACAAGUACGGGAAGAAAGGUUUAGAGGGCGGCGCGGGCAAGGGCGGUGGCUUCCACGACGCGUCGGAUAUCUUCUCCAUGUUCUUCGGCGGCGGCGCACGCGAGCGCGGGGAACCGAAGCCGAAGGAUAUCGUGCACGAGCUGGAGGUGAAGCUGGAUGACCUGUACAACGGUGCAACGCAGAAAGUGAUGAUCUCGCGCGAUCGCUUCUGCGGGGCCUGCGGCGGCACCGGCGUGAAGGCGGGUGCGCAGCGAAACACGUGUGCGCAGUGUCGCGGUCGUGGGGCGCUGCUCCGCACGCAACAGAUAUUCCCCGGUUUUCAUCAACAGGUGCAGGUGCAGUGCCCGAGCUGCAACGGCGAGGGCGAGACGGUGAGCGCGGCGGACGUGUGUAAGGGCUGCCGUGGUAAGCGCACCGUGCGGGAGAAGACCGUGCUGGAGGUGCACAUCGAGCGCGGCGCGCACAAGACGGAGCACUUCACCUUCACCGAGGAGGGCAACCAGGAGCCGGGCCUGCGCUUGGCGGGCGACGUGCUGAUCUUUUUAAGCGUGAAGCCGCACCCAGUGUUUCACCGCGUGAACGACCACCUCGUGAUGCGUUGCCCCAUCACAUUGCAAGAGGCCCUUUGCGGGUUCGAACUGCCGCUGGAGCACCUCGACGGUCGGACGCUGACGGUGAAGGCCUCUCCAGGGCAGGUGGUGCACGGCAACAGUGCGUGGAGCGUGUACAACGAGGGCAUGCCGAUCAAAGGCACCGGCGGCCUGCAGAGGGGUAAGUUGUUCGUCUGCUUCGACGUGGAGUGGCCGGAGACGCUGCCGCGGGAGCAGGUUGACCAAAUCGCAAAAGCCCUGCACGCCCCGGAGAAGCUCGGCAAGCUCGGGGGGCAGGUGGUGGAGCUGAGCGAGUACCGGAGUAAGGCGAAGGCGGGCGGCAAACGCAGAGGCGGUAAGAAGGGGAACGGAGCGCGCGGUGCGGCGGCGGGACGUGGCGGUCGUCGUCCGUCCGCGCGUGCGGAGGAGGAGGACGAGUUUGAAGACGUGACAGAUGAUGAAAUGGAAGACGACGAGCAGCAGCAGCAGCAGCGGUACUUCCGCGGUGGGGCGCCGAACUUCGGCGGUAAUGCGCAGACGGUGGAGUGCUCGCAGCAGUAA